AAAAAAAGACCAAAUUGUGCCGAUUUAGCAUUCGUGGAAAAGUUUCUUUUGCGCAGGAUCACUCUACUAAUAGCAACCAAGACUGGGUGUGGCUGUUAAACCUGUCUUGUCUUAUAUAGAAACAAAUCCAGCAGAGAACUCACCUGUGAGCAGAGAGAGUAGCCAUGUCUAUCAGCUCUUGCUACGAGUGUAACUGUUUGACCAUGGGAAAUCAAUGUGAACCCUGCAGAAUGAUGGCCCAGGACAAGGAAACAGAGGAGUUCCACCAGUCAAACGACAUAAAUUCACCUGGUCAGGAGGGAAGCAAGGAUGAACCCGAACUGAAGAUCUUUUCUGCAGAAGUUGGGAAGGAAAAAAGCCAAAGUUGGGGAUGGAUGGGAUCUUGGAUCAUAUGUGUAAACAUUUUGAUCCUGGGCAGUGUCUUGGUCACCGGGAGUACUCAUGAAGAAAUAAAUAUCAAAGCCUAUCACCUGCAGAUUUUCCUCAUCAUCAUCCUCCUGCUUACCUCCAUGUGGAUGAUUUCUUACAGCAUCUACACAGCCAGGAAUAAAAAUGCUGUCAAUUACAAGGAUGCCCACGCUGGGCCAACAUGGCUCAGAGGAGGACUUGUGCUGUUUGGAGUCCUCAGCAUUAUCAUGGAUAUUUUCAAGAUUGCCAGCUAUGUGGGAUACCUCCACUGUGAUUCUGCAGUUAAAGUUGCAUUUCCCGUGGUGCAAAUUGUUUUCAUAUUUGUGCAGACAUACUUCUUGUGGGUCCAUUCCAAAGACUGCGUGCAGCUACAAAAGAACAUUUCUUGCUGUGGGCUGAUGCUCACCCUCUCCACAAAUCUGGUUCUGUGGAUGACUGCAGUUGCUGAGGAGUCUGUUCACCAAACGUUAGUUCCCACCGAUCUGAGCAAUAUCACUAAACUUGAUGGGCGAAGCUUUUACAUCAGUAGAGCAAGUUAUGGAGACCAUGAGUGUAAGUGCAGCCACUCUUCAUGUAGCAUCUUCAAGGAUGCCUACUACUACUUGUACCCUUUCAAUAUCGAGUACAGCCUCUUUGCCUCUGCUAUGGCCUACGUCAUGUGGAAAAACGUGGGUCGAUUAGUAGGUGAACAUGGGCACGCCAAAAUCAAAUUCCAUCUUAAAGGCAUAUAUAUCGGCCCUACUUUUGGAAUCCUGUUAGUGAUCGCAGGGCUGGCGACCUUCAUUGCAUAUGAGAUAGAAAUGAAAAAUGAAGAUGCAAAUACCAGAGAAAAAGCAUUGAUGAUGCACUUUGUCAUGAAUAUAGUCAUAGUGAGCCUCAUGUCUAUUGUGACUGUGAUUGGCAUGACGAUUUACAGGGUUGAUUACCGCGAACACGUGUCAGAAAAAAGUCCCACACGCAACCUGGAUGUGGGGUUGCUGGUCGGAGUCUCACUGGGACAGUUCGUCAUUAGCUAUUUCAGUAUCAUAGCCAUGAUUGCAACAGGAGUCAAAGGCCCCCUGAAUGGGCUCAAUCUGUCCUUUGCCAUAAUUAUGGUGAUCCAGCUUGGCCUGCAGAACUUUUUCAUCAUUGAAGGUCUGCAUCGGGAGCCUUUUCAUGAAGUGAAGGAACCAUCUGUGAUUGUAAAUCCUUAUGUGGUGGAGCCCAGCAAUGACAUGAACAACCACGAAGUCUCAAACACGAACACAAAGACAAGCCCUGAUAUGCCAGAAGAUAACCUGCAUGGCAACAAGAUACAGUACAAAUACAAACUGUUGUGGAAGCGACGAGUGUUGAAGGAGGUCUGCAUGUUUUUGCUGAUGGGAAACAUCAUUCUGUGGAUCAUGCCUGCAUUCGGUGCUCGUCCUCAGUUUGACCACACCACUGAAACUGAAUUCUACAAAUUCAACGUAUGGGCUCCUGUUGUAAACGUGGGACUUCCUUUUGGCAUCUUUUACCGAAUGCAUUCGGUUGCCAACCUUUUUGAGGUGUUUCUGAUAUCAUAACAUGGGAGGGUGCAACUCGUACAGCUGACUGGGUGGACACUUAAACCAUAUAUAACCUGUGGUUUGUUCCAAUGAUUUUUCUUUACAAAUUUCGAUCAAAACUAACUAAUGAAUGCAGCCACUAAGAUGUAUCUGAUUAUUUUUUAUAUGAAAAUGCACAUGUAUUUAUAAUGUUUUCAUAACUGUUUUUGUUUCUGACCUUGUAUGAAUUGAUUUACACUUCAGGCAUGUAUGCACAAAAUAAACACAUGCACAAAAAGAAA